CGAUCAAGUAAAUACUCUGCAUGAACGGACAUGUUGAACCAUAAGGACCCGAAUAAUAGGCGUGCGAGCUUCAAGCUGCCUCCUCUGGCCAGAGCGGGGGACGCUCAGGAGGCGAGGAGGCUGGCGGCGUUAGAGCAGCAGCAGAAGCGGCGAGAGAAAGUGAUCGCAAUCUCACGAGGAUCGACAUACUUCGCCUCCCUCGCCCCACUCACACCAGAAUCCGACUCUUCCCCACCUUCACCCUCUUCUCCAGUCCAGUUCUUCCCCUCGACCGACGCACCCAUCUCCCCUCCAGCCGAGUUUCCCCCUUCCUCACCCACCCACACCCAGUCCCUAUUCACGCUCAAGAAGCCUCAGAAACCGCGCAAGUCCGAACAACGAUGGGCCAACAAGCUCAUGUAUGCUGAGGUGCUCGAGCUGGGCGGGUCGGGCCCGAGGAUGGAGGUAGACCGGGAAGUGGUGGUGGAUAACGCACCGCUCGUUACUGGGCUUACGGUGCAGGAUGUGGUGAUGGGCGAAGAUGGACUGCCGGAGGAUAUGGAGGAGGGGUGGGUCGCCCUCGCUCCUGUGCCUAUAGGGAAGAGGUGUAUGGCCGUCUCCUACGCUCUCGACAAUGGCGUUGUGGUCACCGCACUCCAUUCCCGACUCUCAGGCCACCUCUUCCUCCGGUACGCCUCCCACCUGCCGCCCGAUACGAUCCUCGACUGUAUCCUCGAUUCCAAAUGGCAGGACACCGGGCUCCUACACGUACUGGAUGUGAUGCGCUGGCGCUCCCAAGAUCUCUCAACAUGCGAAGCCGAAUUCCGCUUCUGGUUCCUCCAGUGCCGGAUCGCCGAGCUAGCGGUACACGCCCCACCAUCAGACCCGCCAUACAAACAACCAUACAUCCUCCAGCCAGUCCCGUUCUUCCUCCCUCCACUCACACCAGCAGUGCUCCUCAUGAACGUACUCCCUCCGGCGAAAGUCGGGCGCAUGAUCCCGCUCCUUGCGCCCCUGCCUAUGGGUGCAGUGGGGGAUACGAUGCCGGUGGACGAAUACGGGCGUGCGAUCCCCAACGCUGACUCAACUCCCGCGCCCGCACUCGUAAGCAACACGGUACAAAGCACAAGCACGCGAGAAACACACUGCGCAAGCGACGGCCUUCUCCUCUACCUCAAAUCCUCUACCUAUCAAAGCGGGUCCACCCCGCUCGCUUGCUGGGUUCCCAAUAUGCCCCUCGAAGGGGAGAGCGAGAGCAGGCUAGACGUCUUCGAGAGGCUGUUGAGAGCCCGGGCGGCUCAGAUCAACCUGGCGAGCGGGAAUGAGGUGACGAUGGAGGAGGGUUGAAGCGGAGCGGUGGGAGUGAGCGAGCGAGGGAGUAGGAGCAUCAAACAAUGUAUCAUUUAACCUCAGUCUAACUACUUGUACUGUAUCAACAACCCUAGCCCACCCCAGGCUAGUCAAGUCUAAUACAUCGC